AUGGCCACAAUGCUCCAGACUACUCCUGAAAAUAAACCAGGUCGUAUAUCUCAGCUGUUACCCACCGUCAAAUGCUCAAGUUGCAACCAACCUGUCCCUCUGGACGAGUUGGGAGAUCACACCUGCUCUACCCCGCCGCCUGUUCCAACUCUGCCCAAGCCCUCGAGUUCUUCGGUCACCGUGGCGGCCCUUCUACCGCAACGCCUGCAGGGUCGCGUUGCACCCCUCUCAUCGUCACCGACAGCUCCCGCUCCGUCGAGCUCUCCCUUGGCCUCCCCGCCGCCGCGAUCCCAGGGCUCACCACCGCGCACGGGAAACACCGCAAAUGAAAGGCUCAAGAUCAACACGUCUACCUCAUCCUUUCAGCCAAGAUCCAGUCCUUUAGCCCGAUCGGCCCCUGACAGAAACGAGACGACUUCACCCUUAUCAGCGCGUCCCCGAGAUCCGUUUGCAUCCCCAGCUUCGCCACUUCGUAGCCGCCCUCUUCAAACGGCCGACCCUCGCGGCUCAGUAUCCUCCAUUCAUUCCACCCCGACCACAGCCCGUCCCCCGUUCCCAGUUGGCAGAGAUCCUCCUCCAUCGGCCAACGUUGGUCUCCCAGCGUCAAAUAACAAUCUUCCUCCUCGUAUAGGAACUCCAUCUGCCUUGAACGGACCGCCCCCAAUUGGCAGAGAUCCCCCUCCAUCAGCCAAAGUUGGCCUCCCAGCGUCGAACAAUAAUUUCCCUCCUCGUAUAGGAACUCCAUCUGCCCCUAACGGGCCGCCCAAUGGCCACGGCUCUCGUCCAAGUUUUAACGGUCCUCCUAGUCGAAAUGGUUCCCCCGCGCCAAACGGUCCAGCUUUCAAUAGAAAUGUUCCUGGGCCGAACGGUCCACCCCCUACUAAUGGCUUCCCUCCUGGCCGUGCUGGCAUUCCAUUUAACCCAAAUAGCCCCCAAGGACCCCCUGUAGGGAUUCCUGGAAUGCAACCUCGACCAUACGCUUCAUCUUUACCUGGGCGAAUCCAAAGCCCACUCCAGGUCUCUGCCGGCCCUCCUCCAGGGUCGUAUCCUUUAAUUGAGGAAAGAGAUAUUGAUACAAAGACGGGCGGUGAAGCGGGUAUGGCAGGUGUUGGCAGAAGGGGCUUCGCCGCUGCAGCUCGAGCCGCUAUGUUUGCCGUGCAAACUAGGCCGACAGGACCACCGCACCAGCAUGGUGGUCAAUUCAAUCCCCCUAGAUUUUUGGACGACGCGGUACCGCGCUCGGCAGAGACACCUCCGUUAUCACCGGGUUCUGGUUACUCUUCUCAUUCUCCGGGCCCUCAGUCUCCACUUGCUCAAAACGAGUUUUCUCAGCUGCAAAUGCCAACCAAGACACCAUCUCCCCCAAUAGCAGCACCUACCAUUACAUCCAUCGCUGAUACCCCCCCUCCUAGCUCUCCGAUGGCCUCUUCCUUCGCUGCCCGCCUUCCUUUCUUUGAGAAGCUCAAGAAUAUUGUACCAGGGGCUAGCGCCGCUCCUGAACGCACCCCUACACCUACAACUAGUAUGGUCACAACACGUGACAGGUCUAUGUCUGCAGCGUCUAAUAGCCCAAAACUCCCAACUCGGUCCAUGUCAUCCAGUACAUCAUCUUCCAAGCGAAAUCGCCAAGAUAAGGUGCCAAUGUCCCCAAGUUCGGGCUCAGAAUAUGGUCUUGCAUAUGCAGAUUCAACCGACUAUGAGGAUGACAAUGACAGUCUCCCUAGCAGGAAGAAUAGCAGGAAGAAGUCUCCACCGCCACCACUUCCCCCUCUUACUUCUUCCAUUCUUCGAUCUGGCUCGGGUGGUGGACGCAAUGCCCGGUUUGCCGCUAUACCUGAGCGCAGUGAUCGCAGUGAUCGGAGCGAUGACCGAACAGGAAUUCGCAUUGGAAACUCAAAGAAUGAUCGACACGAGAGGGAUAAUUCUGCCUCCUCGUACUCUUCCACGUCCAGCAUUGGAGAGAUUGCUGGGAGGACACGGACCAAUUCUGCUGCUAUUGCGCAGGCCUUGGGCCUUUCUCGGACGCCUCCAAGCGAGUAUGCAAAGUUGGGAGGUCCUGGAGUCACAGGAAUGGGUGGGCGCGUAGGGAGGAGUAUCAGUGGCAGCAGUAGCGGGAGCAAGAGCGCCUAUUCGAGAGCGACCAAUGCCGCCCCAGUGGAAUCUAGUGGCUUGGAAAAGCUGGCAAUGGAGGCGUUAUUGGAGCGUGCGAAUGACGGAAAUGACGGUUACGCAAGCGGCUUGACGAAAAGCAAGUUAAAUGGGAAACAGAGGUCAUUCGAAGGCUCUAGCAACGGGAGUAGUAUGCGAGAACUUGAUUCUCAUCCGUCUGAGGUGGAUGACACUCGCAGCGUGGCUUCCGGCAGUUCCAGGGCAUACCGUAGCAACACUGUCCAGGGAGUGUCUUCGCCAGAGACUCGCCCUCCCAAAUUGCCCACUCGGUCAAAGACGGCAGGUGCGCCAACUGAGAGAAACUCGUCACUAGAUGCCAAUCGCGUCAAGAAAGACAGGGUCAGAAAAACGAGAGUCUGUGUCAGAUGUCAUACAACUAUUGAAGAUGGAAGAUGGGUACAAGUUGAUGGGGGAGGUAUUCUGUGCGAAAGGUGCUGGAAGAACAUGUAUUUACCCAAGUGCCGUCGCUGUAACAAACCAAUCGAGAAACAGGCUGUAUCGUCUUCCGACGGUCAACUGAAGGGCAAGUACCAUAAAGAGUGCUUUAAUUGUCACACUUGCCAUAAACCCUUCCCUGAUAAAACGUUCUACGUCUACGACGGGAAGCCUUUGUGUGCCUAUCACUAUCACGAAGCCAAUGACUCACUCUGUGCUGCGGCACGGUGUGGGCAGCCUAUUGAAGGUCCUUGUGCCGUCUCACACACUGGCGACAGAUAUCACCCUGAACAUAUGACAUGCGAAUACCCUGGAUACCCGGAAUGUACGGAAACACUGAGUGAGUAUUGGGAGGUGGAUGGCCGGAUGUUGUGUGAACGGCAUGCGCAUAGCGGUAAAUCGGGUAGCGAUGAUGAGGGAGAAGAACAGUGGGUACAGAGCUCGAGGGCGAUGAAGCGCGUCACACGAUUCAUUGAUCUUACGGGUGGUGGCACGUUGGGUAGCGCUGGGGCAGGUGCUGCUCCAGUUGGAGGCAGUGAGUUAAUGUGA